GGGUGAUGAAGAGGUUAAGCCAGCCCCUCUUUUACUCCUCUCCCUCGGUUGCAGCUCAUCAGUCCUGAGCUGCAGCCUCCAGCAGCUCCAAUCUCGCCUUUACGCAGCGGACGCUGAACAGACAUGGGCAGAUCCAAACUUUAACUAACAGCUCGUCUUUCUCUUUCUCUGCAACUCUCUCUCUCUCUCUCUUCCUCCUCUUCUCCUCCCCCUCUCGCCUUCCUCCCGCUGAGCUCAGAAUGAAAAGCACUAUUGGCAGCGGACGCAUGGAGAUCUAAUUUUGCUCCAAUUUUCGGUCAGGUCCGUGGAGGUUGUUGUUGGCUGUUGUUGUUUUGCUGUUCCCUUGGUUUUAUGGUCUGCUCAUGCAGACGGGAAUGCAAUGGCCACUCCGAGCGCACAGCAGCAGCACCAGGAUUAUUUCAGAUCGGUGAGCAGCGAGUCCACCACCUACAUGAUGGUCCCGGCCGGCGGGCCGAGCGGGACGAGGCGCCGGGAAGCGCCGUCCAAGAUGUGGGUGGCGAUGGUGGUGAUAGUGGUGGUGGUGCUGCAGAUUGCCUCCACCACGGGGCUCUUUCUCUACCUGAACAUGUCCAUAUCGCAGGUGCGGAGCCAGGGUGUCACAGAGGAGCUCAAGUGUCUGAGUUUACUGAACGCUCUGGAUAAGGACCAGGACAUCCCUGACCAGCUGGCCCAGCUCUUCGGAGAGCCGUGCAUCAAACUGGCCGAAGGCAUCAAAGCAUACAUCUCCAAGGUGACAGAUAACAUCAUCUCCAAACAAACCUUCAUAGAGGCGAGAACGAUGCCUCGCGCUUUCAACAACUCGGGGUCGAAGUUCAUGACCUCGGUGGCCCAGAGGCCAUCUGCCCACUUGACCCUCAGAGAUACCAGCUCUCAAGGGUUCCCUUCCUACCCGAUCCCCACGGCGGGCCUCCAUCAGUCUUGUCGCCAUGUGGUCCGCUCAUGGGCCAAUCAGAGCUUCGGAGCUCACCUGCACAACAUGACCCUGACCAAUGGGAAGCUGCGAGUGCCUCAGGAUGGGCGGUACUACCUGUACUCACAGGUGUAUUUCCGUUAUCCGUCCCCAGCCGCCGGUGACGGAGACCAGCGCAGCGUCAGCCACCAGCUGGUGCAGUGCGUCUACAAGAAAACCUCCUACCCAAGCCCCAUACAGCUCCUGAAGGGGGUGGGAACAAAGUGCUGGGCCCCGGACGCCGAGUACGCCCUCCACUCCGUCUACCAGGGAGGGCUGUUCGAGCUGAGGGCCGGCGACGAGCUCUUCGUCUCAGUCUCUUCUCCAACCAUGGUCAACGCGGAUGAUUCCUCCAGCUACUUCGGCGCCUUCCGCCUGGACCUCUGAGGGGAAGCGAUGGGAGGAAGUUUAAAAAAAAAGAGGAACAGAUGGGAUGAUGGAUAGGAUACAUGGGUGGGCUUGGAGACUUUUGAGUAUCCGUUGAUUGGAAAAAAGGGUCAUUAAGACAGAGCGGUGGGAUUUUGGCCUUGGAUCCUGGACCCUCAAUGUUUGCUUGGACGGAUAUAUUGAAGGAGUGAAGGACUGGGGUUUGAAGGCUUCGCUUGAGUUAACGCUGCAAGAGGAAGGGGAGGAAGGGGUGAAAGGGAAAAGAAAAAAAAGAGUGGAUUUGUCUUCCUUACUCUCCAUUAAGCGAAACCUAACCGUCAAGAGCAAGAUAUACAAAAGAUACAUGUGCAAUCACGCGAAAAUAAAUGUGAGGAUAUCGAUUUUCCUGUUGAUUCCCGGGGAAGGAAAUUGCCUUUUGGAUGUCAAAAAGAGAAGUAAACCAGAGAAAAACAUUACAGAAACUUUGAGGUAUUCCUGUUAGAUGAGAAUCGCCCAAUAAAUUAGGCCUCCCCGCUGCCCGUAUCCCAAAUUAACACAUGAAUCUCAGCGUGUCUCGCUCGUCAACAGCCUUUUUUUUUUUUUUGUGGGAAGCAAUCGGACCCUUGGAUUUGGAUACCAGACCGAAGAAUGUACACACAAUAAAAAAAACUCAAAACCUCUGCAUCGAAGAUGUGAGGACGGACAGUGAAAUGGUAGCGGAAUAAAAUGAUCAAACCAAAGCAAAAAAAUAAAUAAAAAAUAUGGAAUAUAACUUUUUUUAAAAGCGUGCCAUGAGAGUUCUGUACAUAUGAAUGGUUGAGAAUGAGAUUUAGACAAUGAACUGUGGUGAUUUGAAAAGUAAUUAAUAUGUAUUUUACCUUGACUGGACUUUAAACCACUUGGAUUUUUUUGCUAAAGACUAUCGACUAUCUUACACUAAAACCGUGGAUUUUAUGCAAGGAUUGCUUCUUUGUACUGGAUACAGCAAUAAGACUGUGAGAAGCAACACAAAAAGAGUGCCUUUUGAACAAAGGAGUCUACAAGGAAAGAGGAAUGGAAACGAGGAGGAGGGAGAAAUCUCGUAAAUGCCGAAGAAAACGAACCCAGCAGAAGAAGAUAAAAGGAAGAGAGAGAAAGAGGCUGAGGGUGGUAUGCAGCCCGACCAGUCUGCAGCGUUGAACUCGCUCGUCUCUCUCUUUCACUUUCCGUCACGAUCUUUCUCCUCCCUCUUCUUCUUUUUCAUGUAAAGAAUUUGAUUUAUCUCGUCUUUCUUGUCUACCCUGUGGAGCUGCAUUCAGUUUUUAGUUUAAGGAUCAGCUGCAACGACCAACCAGAAAACAACAACAAACACAGUACGGGAACAAGACGACGGACACACGUGCAACUUAGGUUAUUUCCAGAUCAACAGACAAAGGUCUAGGUUACAUAAAACGACAAAGCGAUGUUCAACACUGAAAUAUAUUCACUUAAAUGUUGUUUAAACACUUUGUUUUCACUGUUGCACCAAAUGUACCGACACAUAUUUUGUCCUGCAAAAACCAGUUGCUCUGGAGUUUCAUCACUAACCAAAAAAAUGAAAGUCGGCACCGAUGUUAAACGUCCACUGGAGACAAAAAUACCAAAAUAACAUCUGGAUAAUUAACUUGGUUGUAGCUUCACGUACAGUUAUGAGAGUGGUAUCAAACUACUCCCAAAAUGUGGAACUAUUCCUUUAAUAUCCAACCACCAGCAACUUAAUCAGAUGUGUUUUAACAUUAUAGAAAAUAGCUGACAAGAUAAAGGUUAGUUUGUAACAAUAAAACUAAAUGAAUUUGGUGUAUGAGCGCUGAAACCGCCGUGGUCAAGUUCUACUUUGAGAACCACGGGCGUCUCUGUUGAGCAAGAGAUGAAUAACCUCCAAUAUGGCUGCCAGUGAACAAGAAACACUCACAAAAACACACAUGCACAACAUUUGCGCAAUCCUGAUACUGUAUGUCAACUGUAAACACACCCAUACGAUGAACACGUAGUACCUUUAACACAACAGUUCAUCAGGCGAACACAGUACAGGUGAGUUUUAGGAACACAGAGAACAGAUUUAGUAACAAGACACAGACGCACAUAAAGAAAGAUUUGGAAGGAGGGGAUAUUUGCAGACAUAAACCAUGCGCCGACUAGCACAGACUCAACCCCUACACGCUUUUUCUUUUUCUUUCCCCCUCUGGCACGCACAUGUAUGCACAUUAAGGAGAUACACACACACACACACACACUCCUUAACACUGCAUCCAGGCCAGUCUGUGCUCCACAGACACACACAUCAUCCAGUGUCACAUCCAGUGUAGAGACGCAAACACACUCCGACACGCACUCAUUUAUCCACACUGUCUAGCCUCCCUGUGCCAUCUGGUAGUUGUCAAUGAUCAGUCGGAGGCGUGUAGGGAGAGUGUGUGUGUGUGUGUGUGCUUUACGGGACGUGUUUGUUCAAAGGGCUCGGUUCACAUGGACGACUCCUUAAAAAAACGAGGUCAAGCAAACGUACACACAGAUUUCUUUGCUUGUGUACGCGAGCCUUCAAUUUGUUUUCCCGGAGAGAGAAAAAAGGCUGACACACGUUUAAUGAGGUGACAUCCAGGUUAAUCUACAGGAUUAAACAGAAAUAACGUCACUUUAUGGCCUAUAAGCUCAUCUUUCUGGCACUGGGGGCUCACGUAUACCUGUGUAUAUGCACAAAAUUGGAGAGAAAUUUUCACUUUGUGUUUGAUUGCUGUUUUAGUAGCUUUUUUUUUUUUUUUUUUUUUUGCAGGGUGGCACCCGGUCACGUUUCUGCUCGGCUCUCUCUCUCAGUCCAUCAUAUCACACAUGCCAAACUGUCUCUCCCUUCCUCUCCGUGAAUGUGAGCCUAAGUCAGUUUAUUAUCCAGGGUAAAACUUUCUUUCUUGCACUCCAAACAAAACAAACAGUUAGCUGAAACAGGUCCAGCGGUGAUGAUAAUGUAACAUACACACUCGUAUUAUAAUAGCAUAAACCCCUUUGCCAGCUGGGAAAACUUUUCUUGCAUUGAAUGUCUCUGUGCUGGCGUGUUUGUACUGGACAGUUUUGUAGCUGUGAACAUGUGUAGCACAUUGUUGCUGAGAAAAUAAACAAAUAUUUGGAACUUU